AUGGUCGACGUGUGGAAGGGCAUGGGGCGCGAGAGGGGCGUCGCGUCGCACUUGAUGGACGUGGAUCACGGCAGCGGCAGCGGCGGCGGCGGCGGCGGCGGCGGGAUGCUCCCGCGGAUCCGAUCCGUUCACGGCGACCUCGAUAACAGUUUGGAGGAUAGCUUUAUGGUGGAUGACGGCGUGAUUCAGAGCUACUGCGCGGAGGAGCACCAUCACUACGGGCCGCGCAACGACUGCAAGACCAAGAUGAUCUGCACGCUGGGCCCCGCGUCGCGCAGCGUGCUGGUUCUGGAGAAGCUGCUCUUAUCGGGGAUGAACGUGGCGCGGUUCAAUUUCUCCCACGGCUCGCACGAGUAUCAUCUGGAGACGCUCAACAACCUGCGCGCCGCCAUGGCGAACACGGGAAUUCUGUGCGCCACGCUGCUGGAUACCAAGGUGCGUGUUGGCUCUCGAGCCUCGACUCGACUCGAAUGCGGCGUUGGGAAUUCCUCUCAAGACUCGUUUCAAAUCCCCGCGCCCCCCCCUCCCCCCCCCCCCCUCUCCCUCCCUCCCAAUCCCACUCUCCUCCACCCUCUCCGCCCUUCCUCCCCAUCCUCCCCCGCUUUCCCCCUUCCCCCGCCCCCCGCGCGUCUCCCCCUCCGCCAGGGCCCCGAGAUCCGCACGGGGCAGCUCAAGGGCGGCAAGGCGGUGCAGCUGCAGCAGGGCAGCGAGGUGACGCUAACGACGGACUACGCCACCCUCGGCGACGCCACCACCAUCGCCAUGAGCUACAAGAGCCUGGCCAAGGACGUGCGCCCCGGCGGGCAGAUCCUGUGCGCCGAUGGCAGCAUCUCGCUCACCGUGCUCGCAUGCGACGUGGCGAAAGGCAUGGUGCGGUGCCGGUGUGAGAACACGGCAGUGCUGGGCGAGCGCAAGAACGUGAACCUGCCGGCCGUGGUAGUGGACCUGCCGACGGUCACCGCCAAGGACGCGGAGGACAUCCUGCACUGGGCCAUGCCGCACAGCGUCGACUUCAUCGCCGCCUCCUUCGUGCGCAAGGGCUCGGAUGUCGUGGCGAUUCGCAAGCUGCUGGGGCCGGAGAACAGCAAGCGCAUCCAUAUCAUCUCCAAGGUGGAGAACCAGGAGGGGCUGGUGAAUUUCGACGACAUCCUGCACGAGUCAGACGGCAUCAUGGUAGCACGAGGCGACCUGGGCAUGGAGAUCCCCAUUGAGAAGAUCUUCCUCGCACAGAAGAUGAUGAUCCACAAGUGCAACAAGGCCGGGAAACCCGUCGUCACCGCCACCCAGAUGCUCGAGUCCAUGACCAAGUUCCCGCGCCCCACACGCGCAGAAUGCACCGAUGUGGCGAACGCUGUCCUGGAUGGGACCGAUGCGGUGAUGCUGUCGGGGGAGACGGCGGCGGGGCAGUAUCCGGUGGAGUCGGCAUGUGUGAUGGUGCGCCUGUGCCGCGAGGCGGAGGCGAGUGUGGACCCUGCGGCGUCGUAUAAGGACAUGAUGGCCGCCACUGCCAUGCCCAUGAGCCCCAUUGAGAGCCUCGCUUCCUCCGCUGUCAAGACUGCUGACAUGAUUCGAGCUGCUGUGAUUGUUGUCCUCACUCGCACCGGAGCCACUUCGAGACUGAUUGCCAAGUACCGGCCACCCAUGCCCGUGCUCUCAGUCAUAGUCCCGGAGCUCAUCCCCCACCCGCUCGAUCCACUGCGCCUCGUGUGCUGCUCCGGUGCCGAAGCUGCUGCCAGGCAUGCGCUAAUGGUCAGGGGGCUGCACCCUGUUAUGGCUGAGGGUGGCGCUCAUGCGACUGAUAGUGAUGCCACAGAUGCCAUUGUGGCUUCUGCCAUUGCCAUGGGCGUAAGCGGGGGGCUGUGCAACGUGGGAGAUACGGCAGUGGUGGUGCAGAAGAUUGGGAACGCUAGUGCUCUUAGGAUUAUGAUAGUGAAGUGA